AUGAUGAGAGGUCAAACCGAAGUAAGUCUUUUCGGAUCAUUAACACCGCAGGCAUACCCAACAUACAGAAUCAUACGAUCAACCUUGACUUGCCGGAAAGCUCGAAGAACCAUGGCUGCCCCUCAUCCAAAUCCACCGGGAAAUGCUUUGGUGAUAGAUGAUCUCGCGUUUAUGCAGGCCAUUCUCCAAUAUCACAACAUCUUGGGAGCAUUGGACUGGCAAACUGGCAAGAAGUUCUGGGACAACGACAACAACUUCACUAGUUACCUCAGUGACACUCCGAAUAACGACCACUUGUUGAAUUGCGCGGUGAGAGAGUAUAAUAAACAUCUUGUGGAGUGGAAUAAACAAAAGCUUCACGAAGGGUAUUCAGUCGCAGAAAUACGAAAGUUUGCAGGUGUCAAAAUGUCCAUCGAAGCGCGUGAUAUUAGGGCGCUCUUUAAAUUCAUCCCAGAUAUGAAGAUAACUACUUCUGGGUACGCGGUGAAGAUGACGGCAUUCGUAUUUAUGAUCAACUUGUGCAACCUCUAA